CCGGAUCUAGCAACGACAGGUCGGCCGUCUAUGUGCAUUUUGCGAUCGUCGUCAUGCCCGCGACCCCGACGGCGCGGCUCGUGAGCAGCCAAUGGCUCUUCAACCGCCUGCAAACGCUCGGCGGCCUCACGCUCAUCGACAGCCGCAGCGCCCAGUGCUACGAGCACGCGCAUGUGUGGUCCUUCCUGAGCCUGCCGCCGCCGCCGCACGCUGGCCGUGGCCUCUUCCUCGAAGACGAUGGGUCCGACGGCUGGUCCGCCGUCGACAUCUCGACACUCGCGCCGGCGACCGAAACUGGACGCGAGCGCUGGGCUAAGCGCAAGCUCACCGACGUCAUUAUCUACGAUGCCUUUGGCGUCUACACGCCUCGGUCGUGGGCCAUGACGCUGGCCAACUGGCUUCUUCAGGAGCGCCUCGUGACGUCCGUCAAGCUCCUACAGGGCGGAAUGCAGAGCUUCCAGCGCCUCUACCCCUUCAUGAUGGCGUCGCGCAAGGACAAUGGCAGCGAAUCGCCGACGCCCGUGCGGUCAACGGUCCUCUUCUCGCCGUCGUCGUCGCCGACCGCCACGACAAAGACACACGCGCUCACGUUUCCUCACGAAAUCGUUCAGGGAUCCAUCUACCUCGGCAAUGUCUGGCAAGCCACGCAACCCGAAGUCCUCCGCAAGAUGGGCAUUUCGCACGUCGUCUCGAUCGCCAAGGAGCCGCUGGACGAAAAAGUGAUGCUCAAGAACAUCAAGUACCACCAGCUGCCGAUGCGCAGCGUCAUGGCGUCGCCGGAUGCAACGAUCGCGUUCGUGCGCGACGCGACACAAUCAGGCGGCAAAGUGCUUCUGCACUGCGUCCACGGCAUCUCGGCGUCGGCGGCCGUCGUCGUCUUCUAUGUGAUGCACACGCACAAGGUGUCGCUCGUCACAGCUUACAACCAUGUCCAUCGGUGCCGCAGCCUCAUUUACCCCAACCCGGCCUACAUGCGGUGGCUUGUCGAGACCGAAAUCGCGCGGUAUGGGGCCCCCAGCGUCGAGAGUCUCUUGGAGAUUGACGACCUUCAGAAUGGCUUGUUGCGCGACACGCCCAUCGACUCGACGCGCAAGCUCAGCGUGACGCUCUCGAUGCUCUUUCGCCGCCGCUGCACUGAGAAGCACGUCGCGUCGCACAUGCAGCGCAUCUUUGGCGAGUGACGAACGCGGCAACGGAACCGCUCGACGCUCGCCCUCGUAUUUAUAAUUCAAGUUUACUAUUUAUGUGCCACUGUCUAUG